GGAAGAGUAAAUUGUUUGUGUAUUAUUUUCAGAAAUAUGAGUUUGAAACCAUUUAGAAAUAGUGAAGGUGUAAAUAAACCAUUUCGUUCUCCAUUCUGUAACACUCCUCAAAGUAACAGUAUUAAAGAUAAUAAUAACACACCAGACUUAAACACUUGUAGAAUACCAGUAAAAUCUUCUGCAUCGAAAAAACUGCUUUUUACUAACACACCUUCACCUAAAAAAUUAUGUGUAACUAAAGAAAACCAUAUAGAUAUUGAAGAAAACAAAGUAUUAUAUCGUGAGGAUUUGGAAUCAUUGAGAAAAAAAGUGCAGGAGAAACAAGAAUCUAUCAAUAAUUUGAAAAGAAUAUUGUCAUACAAAAAAAAGAACAAAGCUGAAGAUUUAAAAGUUGCUAUUCAAAAAUGGACAAACUGUUGCCAAAUUGCUCUAAAAGACUAUCAGAAUGAUUUACAAGAAAAAAGUGGACAGUCAGUGACCAUCUCUGAAAUCUUGUCUUCAUUAAAUAUAAAUCCUGAUAAAGUUCAUUUUUCCAUUGAUGAUGAUACAUUUUAUUAAAAACUUUUAACCAUAAAACUGAUUAAAAGUACUAUUU